UAACCUUCCUCUCCUUCACUCACAACCUCCCCCCCACAACAGCAUCAUCACUGCUACCACUGCCACUGUCCGAGUCAGCACCACUAAACACAGAGUCCUCUCAUUCAUCUUCGUCGAUUUCGAGUACUGUCUCGUCCUGCGCCUACGCACUAAAACAGCCCUUAAUUGAAAUCCGAACCCAACUGUUACCACCAUCAACCAUAUUAUCAUCACCCUUGCUUGACACUACGUAACCCAAAUUCGUAAAACCAAACCUCCACUCACUUCUUUCCCCCGCUACCAAACAAUCAAACAUUACAAUUGCAAUGGAUUGGUCUCCGGAUUACUGUCUCUCUUGCGAUCGUCAGAUCUCUCAAUCUGGCCAUGGAGCUUACUGCUCGCAAUCCUGCCGCUUGGCAGAUUUAGAGCGCGCUUCUUGCCGCUCGGGCUCAUCAUCACCACAGGCUGGGGCUUCGUCCUCGCCUUCGUGGUCAGGGUCAAACAUGGGCUCUGGUGCUGGUUUCUACCUCCCUCCUCCUCUCAACUUCUCUGCCAUGUCUGGCAGACAGACUAGCUCAGCCGCUUCGUCACCGACAACCAGAAGCCCUCUGUCAUCCACUCCUCCCUCACAAUACUCAUCUCCAUAUGCUUCCAACAGCAACCGCAGCUCCGGUCUCUACACCUCGCCUUCCAGGACCUCAUUGUCAUCUCUCCAGGGUUUCAACACUCAGGAGCCGGCCGUCCUAUCCGAUAAGGUUACGAAGGAGCUCAGGGAAUACGCGAGUUCGUUUGACCAUGUGAGGGAUUGGAAGCGAAGGAUGACAGUUGUAUAAAUUUAUGGGAUUCGGCUCGGUGUUCGAGCCCACCCACCCAUUUCCUUAGUCGACAAACAACCAACAAUAACGACUCCGAUUCUUCUGGAUAUAUUGAUUUACGAUUUACGGUGGCGGUGGCUUCGUCACAUUACAACUCAUCUCAAAACAUUUUUCCUUUUCAUCAGCGGGGUCUUUUUCCUUAUAUCAAUUCGGCGGAUGUGGGACAACUAUUUUUCGUCAUAGCAUCCGCAUUGCAGCGUUCUGGCAAAACCAUCCUUCGGCUUAUCAACUCGAGAUUUUGUGUUGGCUUUCGGGAUUUCGGGAUCCGGAUACGUUACUAUACCGAAUCAUAGGAGUUGGUCGUUCGAGGGUUGCGUCUGUUCUUUCGUUUUUCUCUCUUCUACAUUUGCAUAUUUUGGAGUUUUUUUGUUUUAUUUUUCCAAAAAAAAGGGUAUCGUCUUGCUUAUGGGUUUGGGUUUCUGAGGAACUUUGUGUGUAUGGGGUGACUACUGGGGCGUCUAUUUCAUUUGUUCGUCGUGGAAGUGUUUGUCAUAUCACUUUUGGGGGAUAUCUGGGUGAAAGAAAAAUUCAUGGUUUGUAAUUUUUUUCUCUCUCUCCCAGGUAUUCCAUUUCCCUACUUUUUCACUCGGUGUCUUUGAGGAAAAUUUUUUCAGCUCACAUUUUCAUUUUUCAUUGCUACUUUACCUUUUAUCCUUUCCCGCACAUGGUGGGCGUUCGUUGGCCCACCAUGUUGUAUAUGGAUGGAUUUCUGUGUCAAAAUAUUUGGGGCUGUAUGCAAGUUUACGGAUAUUGGGUUGGGUGGGUUGUUUGAAUACUGAAUUGUAACUAGCUAGACUUUUUUUUUUUC